AGCUCGAUCGUAUCCAAAUAUGAAGACCGUUGGUGAGCUAUCUUUGUUGGUUUGCUUGAUUAUCGUCUGCUUUAAUGGUAGAGGAUGGUCGCAAAGACUGCCUCGGCCCCAGCCUCAGCAAUCUCAAGUACCAUGCUUCUUCAUCUUUGGUGACUCCUUGGUGGAUAAUGGAAAUAACAAUGGUAUGCUUACACUUGCUAGGGCUAAUUACAGGCCUUAUGGCAUCGACUUUCCUCAGGGUACCACCGGUCGUUUCACUAAUGGUCGAACUUUUGUUGACGCUCUUGCUCAACUUAUGGGGUUUACACGCUACAUUCCUCCCUAUUCAAGGGCUCGUGGUCCUGAACUGUUGCGUGGUGUUAAUUAUGCCUCGGGCGCUGCUGGUAUUCGUGAUGAAACUGGCGACAAUCUGGGAGCCCACUCAUCGAUGAACGGACAAGUCGCUAACUUUGCAAAUACGGUGAUGCAAAUGAGAAGGUUGUUCAGAGGAGACACCAAUGCUUUGAGCAGCUAUCUAAACACGUGCAUUUACUAUUGUGGGCUGGGAAGUAAUGAUUAUCUUAAUAACUACUUUAUGCCAAAUUUCUACACAACUAGUUCUGAUUUCACUACUAAAGCUUAUGCCGAUGCACUUAUUCAGGACUACACGCGCCAGCUAACCCAACUACAUAGCUUAGGAGCACGAAAGGUGAUAGUAACAGCAGUUGGACCAAUCGGAUGCAUACCAUAUCAACUAGCUCGGUACCAUGGUAAUAGCAGCCGCUGCAAUGAAAACAUUAACAAGGCAAUCCUUCUUUUCAACAGUGAGCUAAGGAAGCUGGUUGAUCGUUUCAACGGUGGCCAACUGCAAGGAGCCAAGUUCGUUUACCUGGAUUCUUACAAAAGCAGCAAUGAUCUUUAUCAAAAUGGGACUGCUUACGGGUUUGAAGUAAUAGACAAAGGAUGCUGUGGAGUUGGAAGAAACAAUGGGCAAAUAACAUGCCUUCCCCUUCAACAACCAUGUGCUGAUAGAAGGAAAUACCUGUUUUGGGAUGCCUUUCAUCCCACUGAACUUGCCAAUGUUAUAUUUGCACAGUCUGCCUACCAGUCACAGUCCUAUACUUACCCUGUAAACAUACAACAAUUGGCCACCCUCUAAAUUGCUGUGAUCAUAAAUUGCUACUGUUUUUUUAUUGAUUAUUUUGUCACAAUGUGAUGCUUGUUACUUGUUGUCCUUGUAAUUCAACUUCGUAUUAUUUUCUGAUUAAUGAAUGCAAUUUAGUUUUGGAUUGUUAA